GCCUCGGCAGCCGCUCCUCGGUGCGGCCAGACUCGGCUCCGCGGGCCAUGUCCGCGCCGCGCUCUCCGCGCGCCGGGCACUGCUAGCUCCUCCCGCGCUUCCUGUCGGCGCGACCCCGCACCUGGCCGCGGUGCUGGGCGGACGGGCGUCUGGCUGAGCGCACCGCGCGCGGACCGCCGCAGUCAUGGGGCUGCAGUCCCUGGAGUUCAGCGACUGCUACCUCGACAGCCCGUGGUUCCGGGAGAGGAUCCGCGCCCACGAAGCGGAGCUCGAGAGGACCAACAAGUUCAUCAAAGAGCUCAUCAUGGACGGAAAGAACCUCAUCCCUGCGACCAAAAGUCUUUCAGCGGCCCAGUGGAAAUUUCCUCAUUCACUCAGAGACUUUAAAUUCGAGUUUAUUGGUGAUGCAGAGACUGAUGAUGAACGCUGCAUAGAUGCAUCCUUACGUGAAUUUUCAAAUUUUUUGAAGAAUCUGGAAGAACAGAGAGAAAUUAUGGCAUUAAGUGUAACUGAAACCCUGAUUAAGCCCUUGGAAAAAUUGAGAAAAGAGCAACUUGGAGCUGUAAAGGAGGAAAAAAAGAAGUUUGACAAAGAGACAGAAAAGAAUUAUAGCCUAAUUGAUAAACAUUUGAAUUUAUCAGCCAAAAAGAAAGACUCACAUUUACAAGAGGCAGAUAUCCAAGUGGAGCAAAACCGGCAACACUUUUAUGAACUGUCUCUUGAAUAUGUAUGUAAGCUUCAGGAAAUCCAAGAAAGAAAGAAGUUUGAGUUUGUGGAACCUAUACUGUCAUUUUUUCAGGGAAUGUUUACUUUCUAUCAUCAGGGCCAUGAACUUGCCAAAGACUUCAAUCACUACAAAAUGGAACUACAGAUCAACAUUCAGAAUACACGGAAUCGAUUUGAAGGAACAAAGUAAGAAGUAGAAGAGCUUAUGAACAAAAUCAGACAGAAUCCUAAGGACCACAAACGAGCAAGUCAGUUUACAGCAGAAGGCUACCUGUAUGUACAGGAAAAAAGGCCUCCUCCAUUUGGUUCCAGUUGGGUCAAACACUACUGCAUGUAUCGGAAAGCAGCCAAGAAGUUCAACAUGAUCCCAUUUGAGCACAGAUCUGGGGGGAAACUUGGGGAUG